UUUAUAGCAACUAGCUUAGGGAAGACCAACCUUGCUAUCGGGUCCCACGUUAACGGUUUCCUUCAACCCCACCCGAAUCCGCUUCUCCUCCUCCUCCUCCUCCUCCUCCAUGGCCGGCAGUGAAGAGCUCAACACCAAUGAAUCAAGAAAGGUGGUGCCUUUGAACACAUGGGUUUUGAUCUCAAACUUCAAACUAGCUUACAACAUGCAACGGCGACCUGACGGCACGUUCGACCGUCACCUCCACGAGUACCUUGACCGUAAGGUCCCCGCUAACGCCGUCCCUGUUGACGGCGUCAUCUCUUACGAUCGUCUUAUUGACCGUUCCACCAACCUCCUCGUCCGCGUCUACCGUCCCUCCGAUAACGUCGUCAACUUCCCCGUCAUCAUCUUCUUUCACGGCGGCAGCUUCGCUCAUUCCUCCGUCAACACCGCCAUAUACGACUCCCUCUGUCGCCGUCUUCUCCGUCACUGCACCCCCGCCGUUAUUAUCUCCGUUAACUACCGCCGUUCCCCUGAGCACCGUUACCCCUGCGCCUACGACGACGGUUGGGCCGCGCUUAAAUGGGCCGUUUCCGAGUCAUGGCUCAAAUCCAGCCCAUUUUUCCUCGCCGGGGAUAGCUCCGGCGGGAACAUCGCGCACCACGUGGCCGUUCGAGCCAUCUCGUCAGGGAUUCCGAUCUCCGGCAACAUCUUGUUGAACCCGAUGUUCGGCGGGGAGCAGCGCACGGAGUCGGAGCUCCGGCUGGACGGCAAGUACUUCGUGACGAUAAAAGAUCGAGAUUGGUACUGGAAAGCGUUUUUGCCGGACGGCGCCGACAGGGAUCACCCGGCGUGCAACCCGUUCGGGCCGAAAGGUGGGAGCUUGGACGGAGUUUCUAAGUUUCCGAGGAGUUUGGUGGUGGUGGCGGGAUUGGAUUUGAUAAGAGACUGGCAGUUGAAGUACGUGGAAGGGUUGAGGAAUGGUGGGCAUGAAGUGAAGCUUGUUUUGAGAGAAGAGGCCACCAUUGGGUUUUACUUACUCCCUAAUAAUGAUCAUUGUCAUGAGGUUAUGAACCAGAUUGCCAACUUUGUUGUUGUUGUUGUUUCAUCUCAUCAUCAUCAUCAUCAUCAUCAUCAACAUCUUUCUUAAUUAUUAUUAUUAUUAUUAUCAUCAUGAUGAUAAUAGUUCUUAUUGAUGUAUGGUUUUAACGUACCAUACAUAUUAGCUUAGAGGAAAGUUUUCUGUUU